AUGUAAUUUAUAUAAAAAUAACAUAUUCCUAAAGCUCUCAGUCUUAUUUAAGCUGUAGAAUUCCUUGCUGAGUAUUUAGGUAAAUCAUCAGAAAGUAUUCAUUUAUUACUAAUAAAGAGCGAAUUUAUCAAUAUUUCUUAUUUUUAGAAUUAUUGAAAUUAUUUGUAAAGUUAAGAAAAUGGCAAUUAGUAGAUAAGUGUGGAUUAAUGAUUUCAGAAAAUAACAACUAUUCUGAAACAGAUAAUUAGGAAGAUGAAGCUGCCAUACAAUUCAAAGAAAAUUUAGGUCCUUUAGAAUAUAAUCCAUAAGCAGUCAAUGAAAAAUCAAUAAAAGAUGAACUAAAGUCAAUCAAAGACCCUAUUCCUAAAUUUAAUCUUGGAUAUUAUGAUGUAAUUUAAGACAAAUAAACUUCUCUAUUAACAAUGUUACCAAUUCCAAACGAUGUGAAAUAGAAAGAUUAUGAAUCCAAACUCAAUUAAAUAAGAGUAUUUUGUAAUUUGUUAUAAUUAGAUUAAAUUUGGAGAAAUCUUCCAUCUAAUUCGUCCUUUAUUAUAUUGUGCAUUGAUUCUUAAAUAUGGAGGAGAUAGCUAUACUCCAUAUUUUAUAUCAUUAUGCAUUGAUAUAUUAAGAUUUUUAAUAGAAUUCAAAAUCAAAAUCUAUAGAAAAAGUUAGAAAGAAGAACUCAAAAUUAGAGCAAAAGAAGCUAUAGUAUAACUUUAUCAAUAAUUAAGAUUUGUUAUAUAUUAAGAAAUCCAUUCUAUAGUACAAUUGUGAAACAAUUAAUCUUAAGUAAUACUUUAGGGAAGAUAUUAAAUUAAUAAGGAUGGAUUUAUCGUCUUAUAAUUGCAUUAAUUGAAUUAAGAUCAUCAAAAUGUCUUUUAUUGUGA